GUCUAGCUCGUUUUUAUCAAGUUUUCAUCCAUGUAGUGCUUAGGUUUUCAUAAUGUUUCUAAUAUAAGUAGUUCUAUAGGGAAAUACUAAUUAAAUUUUAAAUGACGCCCACGAAGACCACAAAAACUGAAGUAGAAAUGGUGAUACGAAAUAGAAAAACUGUUAUGAAAGACGGGAUCAUGACAAUGUCGGGAAUUGGCGAGCCUUCUGUUUUUCACGCGCUGGUUGUCAUCUUUUUAGAAUUCUUCGCAUGGGGCCUACUCACGAUGCCGAUCAUCUCAGUUCUUAACGCCACCUUUCCGGAUCACACGUUCCUAAUGAACGGGCUGAUAAUGGGCAUCAAGGGCAUCCUGUCGUUCCUGUCUGCACCACUCAUCGGAGCUCUGUCAGAUGUGUGGGGACGAAAAUUCUUCCUGUUGGUAACAGUAUUUUUCACUUGUGCACCGAUCCCUUUAAUGACAAUCAACACCUGGUGGUUCUUCGCUAUGAUCAGCAUCAGCGGAGUAUUCGCAGUGACGUUCUCGAUUGUGUUCGCGUACGUGGCCGAUGUGACGACAGAAGCGGAACGCUCACGCGCUUACGGCUUGGUAUCAGCCACGUUCGCUGCCAGCAUGGUGAUAUCACCAGCCCUCGGCGCCUACUUGAUGGAUUUAUAUGGUGAAGCGUUGGUCGUCGCCGCAGCUACAGCCGUAGCCGUGUUAGAUGUCUUCUUCAUCAUGGUUGCUGUUCCUGAAAGCUUACCUGAAAAAGUUCGACCUAGCGGAUGGGGUCCCGCUAUAAGCUGGGAACAAGCCGAUCCUUUUGCAGCCUUAAGAAAAGUUGGAGCGGAGCGUACAGUGCUUAUGUUGUGUGUGGCAGUGUUCCUAUCAUAUUUGCCUGAAGCUGGACAAUAUUCAUGCAUAUUUGUGUACUUAAAACUAGUGAUGGGCUUUGGUGUAGUACAAGUGGCAAUCUUCAUUGCAAUAGUAGGAGUUCUCAGCAUUGGUGUACAAGUGGUUCUAGGCUUCCUGAUGAAAUCAUUGGGAGCCAAACACACAAUAAUGGUGGGGCUACUGUUUGAAAUGUUACAAUUGAUGUGGUAUGGAUUCGGGAGCCGUACAUGGAUGAUGUGGGCGGCAGGUGUGUUGGCUGCCCUCGGGUCAGUGACAUACCCUGCAAUUAGUGCUUAUGUGUCGGUCAACAGCAGAGCUGACCGGCAAGGUGUCGUGCAAGGGAUGGUGACGGGGGUGCGCGGUCUGUGCAAUGGGCUCGGCCCAGCUAUGUUCGGAGUCAUUUUCUACCUAUUCCAUGUGGAUCUAAAUGAGGAACAUGCGACAUUGGGAGCUGAGGGUAAACCAGAGCAGGAGCGGUACGUGCGCAUGGUGCCUGGGCCCCCGUUCGUGUUAGGCGCGCUCUUGGUAAUCUGUGCACUCCUGGUGGCAUCGUUCCUACCGGAAGAUGGUACGACGAGCAGCAUGGGGCGACGUGCGUCGCCAGAGCUCCGGUUCGAGGUGGAGCGUGGCCGGCGCGUGGCGGGCCCCCUGUCGCCGCUGAUGGCGCCCGAAUCUGCAGCACUCUAGCUGGCGGUGAAGCCCUGCCGGGCCGCCAGCGUCUGACUCUCAGUGCGAUACAGCGCCCCACCGGCGCGCCCGCGACUUGACUCCAGUGAGUGAAGUGAGUUCUGAUCUGUUGCACCAUUUACAUUCCCAUCUCUCGUGAACCUGUACACUUUGUCUGAUGUUCGUGUUUUUUAAGCUUUAUAACUAUUUUUAUAACUCCUUCAUGUUGCCGAGGGGCUUGUAUAUAUUUUGUCAGAAUAAAAUCGUUGAAAUCAUACUUCAAAUCCGUGCAUUUUAGAGUUGAAGCUGAAUAUCAAAAGAGCAUCUUUAUUGUGUUAUGUUUCAAUGAUUGAGACUGAGAGGAUGAGUCAUACUGUGAGCACAAAUGGAAAAAUUGUGAUGUCACUUUUCUUAUCAUGUUGUUUGCAAUCGAUGAUGCCUACAUGGAAACUAAAAACAUAUUCACUCUAUAUUAUUAAUUACAAAUGUAUUAAUACUAAUUAAAAAGGUCUCCCUAAAGCAAGUUAAAAUGCUUGGUUAGGUAAAUUAACAAACAACAGAAUAGGAACAAGCAAAUCAUUUGAUUGGGUACUACUUAUUAAUGUGUUAUGAAUGUAUUAGCUAUCUGUAGAUUAAAAACUUGCAGAAACUGUUUUUUUAAUAAUUAUCAUUGCACUUAUUAUAAAUGUAAUUAUAAUAAUAUUUUUUACCUAUUCAUCUUUCAAGACAUAUUCAGUAUUACUCAAAGUGCAAUAUCAUGGUGGGAUAUAACAAUAAAAUAUGUAAAUUACUUUUAUCUUAUGAUUAAAUACAGACUAAUAUAUAGUUGGUGUAUUUGAAUGUUCUGUUUAAUCAAAUCUACAAUAUUCUUAGAUAUAAAUGGAAUUAAAAAUAAAACUAGAGAAGGACUUAAAUGCAUUAAGACAAAUGUGCCAAAAAGUUAUUGUGGUAAGCCAUAUAAUACAGUACAGUAGCAUAGCGAGCCUUGGUGAUGCCCUAUAACAAAAUAAGUUGGGGGGAGGGCAAAUGGAGAGUUAGUUUAUGCCUAUACACGUUAUGGGCCUCUGUAGCCUGGGAGGCCCAAUUCAUUGAUAUGGCGGUAGGGAGCUACACCCCUGAUACAGUAUCAUUAUAAACAUGAAAUGUGUCAACCUGGAAGCUCAGCCAGCCCUCCAUUACCUAUAAACAGUAGUAACAGUACACAUUUAAAGUAUUUUAUAGUUUAAAGAUGAAUAUUGUUUGUAAGGUACCUGGGUCGAAUAUGGUCAUCUUAAGGUGUAACUUCCUACAUCUUUUUUGUUUUGAUGAUUAGGAAUAGCUUUAAUCAAUUUUCUGUCAUGUAUAUUAACUAUUUAUCAUAUGGCUAUAAGAAAUACUCCAAGGUAUGAAUGAGAUUGCGGCCAAACAAGUUUUUAAAAAAAAUGGCGAAUUGACCAUAUUUCCGACCAUGUUGGUUAAUAUGCCCUUACUAUGGGCAUAUUAACUGUAUUAGUUAUUAUAAAUGGUAAAGAUAAUUU